AUGGCAACCGCCGAAGGCCAUUUCGAUGAGGAGUGGUCACAAACAGCAGAUUCUCUGCAUGCGUUGGACAAAGGCGCUAGUCCGACCCACAGCCGUGUGAAGUCGUUACUUAAUAGUGUGAAAGACCCCUUGUGCGUGGGGUCUCUUGUGGCCUAUGAAUUAUUAGGCAAAGCUUCCAAGCGGCGAUGGUUUCUGGGGCGCGUGUUGCAGCUGGAUUCACGUUCCGCUACGGUGCGUGUGUUGCUCCCACAGAACAGCCACGAUCCCGCUGUUCUCAACACACUAAGGAUCGACAAAGAGAGGAAAAUGGAGGAGAUGAGGCACCGCCACAUGAGUGUUAUGGCGUUGCGCGAGGAGAUGGCGGCUGUUCGGCGUAACAAUGAGGCGGCCAUGGGGCGUGCAAAGGAGUCUUCCGAUGCCGUUCGUCGUGCUAUUGCGGCUGUAGAGGAGGUGCGACUUCACGAAGUGUUCAACACACGGGUUCCAUCGGUGCAACUUCGGCUUGCGCUAGAGGCAACUGUCGCACUUCUAAAUGAGGACUUGGUUGUUGAUUCCUCAUGGUCGUGGGAGGACCUGCGGGCCGCUGUGAGGGAUCCGACCUACAUACAGCGGUUGCUGGAAUUUGACCCAAUGACUGAUAUGAGCGUAGAACUUUACAACGACAUCAACGAUGCCUACAUGUCCGAUGUCCACCUCUACUGCAAUCAACUAAGUGGGAAAACGACCGGCGGGUCGAGGUCCGGUACUGACACCCUGCUACCUCUUCUUUUUGAUUGGAUCAUUGCCCAGAUGGGCAUGUUUCACGUCAUAUGUGAGAUCGUAAACUCUCAGCGGUCCACAGACGAGCUGCACGCGAAUAUUACCAGCCACAUAGCUCACAUAAAGGAACUGAACACGCAAAUCAAGCGCAUUGAAACAAAGUUGCACUGCAGUGCUGAAGAGGGAAGCAGUGUUGACGAUGGGGCUUGCGAAGAUGAGAGCGAACAGUACCUUACGUUCGUUGCCUCUGCUGAUAGGCCGUCAACCAACGUUUCCCGUUCUUGUAUUCUGACAGUUUUGAGUAUUUCGGAUGAUAAUGGUGAUGUCGUUAGCAUUACGGACAAGGAUGUGCAGUUCAUUGACUGGUGCGCUACCAUUCACCGCCCGCUGCUCCACGUUGCUCUUCAUCAUGCGUUGGAAGGGGGGUUCAGCUGUGGUGGUUUGCAGCCGAAGGACGAAGCAGUGGACUCUCAGCCACGGCAAAAUUCCACUGAUAUUGCCCAUGAAGAGAACAGUGACCUCUUACAACAAAUUGAAGAAGCGCAGCGGGUGAACAACGAGCUACAGCAGCUCCUGAACGAGCAGCGUGAACUGGCAGAGAAGACGCGCCAAGAAGGGAUAAUCAAGAUCAGCGAACUUAAGCAGCGCCAUGACGAAGAUCUUCGUCAGCUGGAGCACUACCGCAAAGAAAUAGAGGAACUACAAAGGGAAAGCAGCGGUGAUCAGAUUAGAGGAUACGACGCUACGGACCAGGGGGUAAGUGAGCACGAGUCUCCGCUGCAUGCAUCAACUCGCGGUGGGAGCAGAGAGGGCUACAUCAUCGAGGGACAUAAAGACCAACAUGGGGAGAGGGUCACAUCCACACUCAAAAAGAAUAUCGAUCUCCGUGAAUGGAGGACGCACAUAAUCAACAAUAGAGAAGAUAUCAACAAAGCCGUUCUUGUGGAUGCCGCUCGUGCUUGCCAGGUAGAUAUCAGUGAUAUUGACGAUAUUUGUUUCAAUGAGUACUACACAUCUGUCGUGUUCACCGUCUCUCACCCUCCUUCCGUGUCACAAUACGAUCUCGCACAACGGGUCAGGAGGGCAGAGUUUCUUUCAGUGUUGCAACUAAUGCAAACGAUCGGGAAACAAGGAGAAAGUGACCCUCACCAACACAGCAAUAGAGGCCGGAGGGAAGGAGAUCACCAAGACAGUCCUUCUUAUUCUCACAGUUUGCACGAAACCCUGGACGAUGGUGAUUUAUUCAUGUCCACCAGGGAGGAAAUUGCUCAGAUUGAGGAACUACGAGGGCACAUAAAAGCAUUGGAGGAGAGGCUACGCAUACUGAAUGACGAAAACACUUUACUACGCCGGACAAAAGAAAACAAAGAAGAAGUUAUUCAAACAAAAACCGAGGACGCAAAAGACGACGGAUAUCUUUUAGAGAAAGAAACUAGCGAAGAAGAAACAACCCGCACCAACACAUCCGUCGAAAGUUCAGAAGAAUGUCAGACAAGGGAAACGUACAGAAAAGAAACCCCAACAGAGCACAGCAAGCUACAUGAACAAGACGAAUCGUUACGUGAUCACGACAAAGAUAAUAUAUGUAACAUAAGAGCACAUCGUCAGAGGCAACAAAAAACCGAAGAACCAUUAAGCGAAGAGUCCCCCGAAGAAAGAAAAGCAGUACGAAUAAAAGAAGACAAACAAGGACAACACAGCCCCAUGCGACCACAUCAACAGAUAAUAGGACAACUAAUAGAAAAAGAAGAGCUUCAUUGCAUUAGGGAAGCAGCUUCAGGUGACGUCGAGCUGCAGGGAUACGUUCAUGAGAUGGAAGAGCAACUUGCUGAACUACGCGCUGAAAAUGAGGAGCUUCAUCGCAUUAGGGAAGCAGCAUCAGGUGACGUCGAGCUGCAGGGAUACGUUCAUGAGAUGGAAGAGCAACUUGCUGAACUACGCGCUGAAAAUGAGGAGCUUCAUCGCAUUAGGGAAGCAGCAUCAGGUGACGUCGAGCUGCAGGGAUACGUUCAUGAGAUGGAAGAGCAACUUGCUGAACUACGCGCUGAAAAUGAGGAGCUUCAUCGCAUUAGGGAAGCAGCAUCAGGUGACGUCCAGCUGCAGGGAUACGUUCAUGAGAUGGAAGAGCAACUUGCUGAACUACGCGCUGAAAAUGAGGAGCUUCGCAAUACUGAUGGUGACAAGGCACGUGAACUUGAUGUGCAGAAUGAGAAACUUCAUGAGAUGGAGGAGCAACUUGCUGAACUACGCGCUGAGAAUGAGGAGCUUCGCAAUACUGAUGGUGACAAGGCACGUGAACUUGAUGUGCAGAAUGAGAAACUUCAUGAGAUGGAGGAGCAACUUGCUGAACUACGCGCUGAGAAUGAGGAGCUUCGCAAUACUGAAGGGGACAAGGCACGUGAACUUGAUGUGCAGAAUGAGAAACUUCAUGAGAUGGAGGAGCAACUUGCCGAACUACGCGCUGAAAAUGAGGAGCUUCGCAAUACUGAAGGGGACAAGGCACGUGAACUUGAUGUGCAGAAUGAGAAACUUCAUGAGAUGGAGGAACAACUUGCUGAACUACGCGCUGAAAAUGAGGAGCUUCGCAAUACUGAAGGGGACAAGGCACGUGAACUUGAUGUGCAGAAUGAGAAACUUCAUGAGAUGGAGGAGCAACUUGCUGAACUACGCGCUGAGAAUGAGGAGCUUCGCAAUACUGAAGGGGACAAGGCACGUGAACUUGAUGUGCAGAAUGAGAAACUUCAUGAGAUGGAGGAGCAACUUGCCGAACUACGCGCUGAGAAUGAGGAGCUUCGCAAUACUGAAGGGGACAAGGCACGUGAACUUGAUGUGCAGAAUGAGAAACUUCAUGAGAUGGAAGAGCAACUUGCUGAACUACGCGCUGAGAAUGAGGAGCUUCGCAAUACUGAUGGUGACAAGGCACGUGAACUUGAUGUACAGAAUGAGAAACUUCAUGAGAUGGAGGAGCAACUUGCUGAACUACGCGCUGAGAAUGAGGAGCUUCGCAAUACUGAUGGUGACAAGGCACGUGAACUUGAUGUACAGAAUGAGAAACUUCAUGAGAUGGAGGAGCAACUUGCUGAACUACGCGCAGAGAAUGAGGAGCUUCGCAAUACUGAAGGGGACAAGGCACGUGAACUUGAUGUGCAGAAUGAGAAACUUCAUGAGAUGGAAGAGCAACUUGCUGAACUACGCGCUGAGAAUGAGGAGCUUCGCAAUACUGAUGGUGACAAGGCACGUGAACUUGAUGUACAGAAUGAGAAACUUCAUGAGAUGGAGGAGCAACUUGCUGAACUACGCGCUGAAAAUGAGGAGCUUCGCAAUACUGAAGGGGACAAGGCACGUGAACUUGAUGUGCAGAAUGAGAAACUUCAUGAGAUGGAGGAGCAACUUGCUGAACUACGCACUGAGAAUGAGGAGCUUCGCAAUACUGAAGGGGACAAGGCACGUGAACUUGAUGUGCAGAAUGAGAAACUUCAUGAGAUGGAGGAGCAACUUGCUGAACUACGCGCUGAGAAUGAGGAGCUUCGCAAUACUGAAGGGGACAAGGCACGUGAACUUGAUGUGCAGAAUGAGAAACUUCAUGAGAUGGAGGAGCAACUUGCUGAACUACGCGCUGAAAAUGAGGAGCUUCGCAAUACUGAUGGUGACAAGGCACGUGAACUUGAUGUACAGAAUGAGAAACUUCAUGAGAUGGAGGAGCAACUUGCCGAACUACGCGCUGAAAAUGAGGAGCUUCGCAAUACUGAUGGUGACAAGGCACGUGAACUUGAUGUACAGAAUGAGAAACUUCAUGAGAUGGAGGAGCAACUUGCCGAACUACGCGCUGAAAAUGAGGAGCUUCGCAAUACUGAUGGUGACAAGGCACGUGAACUUGAUGUACAGAAUGAGAAACUUCAUGAGAUGGAAGAGCAACUUGCUGAACUACGCGCUGAAAAUGAGGAGCUUCGCAAUACUGAAGGUGACAAGGCACGUGAACUUGAUGUGCAGAAUGAGAAACUUCAUGAGAUGGAGGAGCAACUUGCUGAACUACGCGCUGAAAAUGAGGAGCUUCGCAAUACUGAUGGUGACAAGGCACGUGAACUUGAUGUACAGAAUGAGAAACUUCAUGAGAUGGAAGAGCAACUUGCUGAACUACGCGCUGAGAAUGAGGAGCUUCGCAAUACUGAUGGUGACAAGGCACGUGAACUUGAUGUGCAGAAUGAGAAACUUCAUGAGAUGGAAGAGCAACUUGCUGAACUACGCGCUGAGAAUGAGGAGCUUCGCAAUACUGAUGGUGACAAGGCACGUGAACUUGAUGUGCAGAAUGAGAAACUUCAUGAGAUGGAAGAGCAACUUGCUGAACUACGCGCUGAGAAUGAGGAGCUUCGCAAUACUGAUGGUGACAAGGCACGUGAACUUGAUGUACAGAAUGAGAAACUUCAUGAGAUGGAGGAGCAACUUGCUGAACUACGCGCUGAGAAUGAGGAGCUUCGCAAUACUGAUGGUGACAAGGCACGUGAACUUGAUGUGCAGAAUGAGAAACUUCAUGAGAUGGAGGAGCAACUUGCUGAACUACGCGCUGAGAAUGAGGAGCUUCGCAAUACUGAAGGGGACAAGGCACGUGAACUUGAUGUGCAGAAUGAGAAACUUCAUGAGAUGGAAGAGCAACUUGCUGAACUACGCGCUGAGAAUGAGGAGCUUCGCAAUACUGAUGGUGACAAGGCACGUGAACUUGAUGUGCAGAAUGAGAAACUUCAUGAGAUGGAGGAGCAACUUGCUGAACUACGCGCUGAGAAUGAGGAGCUUCGCAAUACUGAAGGGGACAAGGCACGUGAACUUGAUGUGCAGAAUGAGAAACUUCAUGAGAUGGAAGAGCAACUUGCUGAACUACGCGCUGAGAAUGAGGAGCUUCGCAAUACUGAUGGUGACAAGGCACGUGAACUUGAUGUGCAGAAUGAGAAACUUCAUGAGAUGGAGGAGCAACUUGCUGAACUACGCGCUGAGAAUGAGGAGCUUCGCAAUACUGAUGGUGACAAGGCACGUGAACUUGAUGUACAGAAUGAGAAACUUCAUGAGAUGGAACGGCAUUUGCAACAACUUAAGGAGGAAAAUGAGGAGCUUCGCAAUACUGAUGGUGACAAGGCACGUGAACUUGAUGUGCAGAAUGAGAAACUUCAUGAGAUGGAGGAGCAACUUGCUGAACUACGCGCUGAGAAUGAGGAGCUUCGCAAUACUGAUGGUGACAAGGCACGUGAACUUGAUGUACAGAAUGAGAAACUUCAUGAGAUGGAACGGCAUUUGCAACAACUUAAGGAGGAAAAUGAGCAACUUCGUCUUACUGAUUUUGAUAACGCAAAGGAAAUUGAGUCUCUUAAUGAACUGAUUGUUAACGUUGAGUCCAAAAUUUCUUUGCUACAAGAGAGUCUGAAGGCGAUUCGUGCUGAAAAUGAUGAGCUGCGGAAACAUGAUUCUCGGUGGAUGGCUUCGAUGGAGGGAGAUUGCAUGGUAAGUUCUCAGUGUGUUCAACUUCAAGGUGAGAGGUUAGAUGAGUUGCUGAAGAAUAAACCGGAAGAGUUACGUUGUGCUGUUGUUGUUGAUGCUGCUAAUGCAUGUCGUGUCUACAGGGAUUGUGUGAGUAAUGUAACGUUCACUCCGAGUGGUCGUGUGGUUGAAUUUGAUGUCACCCAUCCUUCAAGCAUUCAUCCUUCGGAAAUUGCUCAACGGCUUCAGCAUUACCCAUUCAGGGAAACGCAGCGGCUGCUGUUGAAAUUAAAUGAACCUAAGGAUGGCCUAGAUCUAUUGAAGGAGCAAAUCGACGAAGGCCGUCAACAACUGAAUACUCUAGAACAAGAACUCUGUGAACUUGGCGCAAAACUGCAUGAUGUUUCGUCUGAGAGGGAUGAUCUUCUCCGAUUACAAGAGGAGAAAACAAAUGAACUAGCUGCACAACAGGCGCGGCUAACUGCUGUAGAGAACCAAUUAGAUGCUUUAGUGGAAGAAAAUUGUGAUCUCAAGAGAACUUUGGAGUGUAAGUCGAAUGAUCUUGUUGUUCAGGAAGGUUUACUAGGUGACUUGGACGGUAAGCUUCAAGAAUUUUUAGUUCAAAAUGAGCAACUUCGCGGCUCUGAUGAGGCGAAAGCACGUGAACUUGAUGUGCAGAAUGAGAAACUUAAUGAGAUGGAAGAGCAACUUGCUGAACUUCGCACUGAAAACGGUGGGCUUCGGGAUUCGGAGGCCGAAAAGGCACGUGAACUUGACUUGCGGAGUCGUCAUCUGGAGGAAAUGGAGGAAAAGGUGAAGAAGAUGCAAGAGGAAGUGGAUGCAUUGAGGGAGUGUGUCAGAGAGAAGGUGAUUGAGCUUGAUGCGCAAAAUGAACUCUGUUCGGCAAAGGAUCAACACAUCAAAAAGUUGAGUAAAGAAAGCGAGGAGCUCCACCGUGCUGAAGAAGAAAAAGCCCGUGAGCUUGAUUUGCUCAAGAAACAUGUGUGCGAGGUGGAGCGACAUUUGCAACAACUUAAGGAGGAAAAUGAGCAACUUCGUCUUGCCGAAUCUGAUAACGCAAAGGAAAUUGAGUCUCUUAAUGAACUGAUUGCUAACGUUGAGUCCAAAAUUUCUUUGCUACAAGAGAGUCUGAAGGCGAUUCGUGCUGAAAAUGAUGAGCUGCGGAAACAUGAUUCUCGGUGGAUGGCUUCGAUGGAGGGAGAUUGCAUGGUAAGUUCUCAGUGUGUUCAACUUCAAGGUGAGAGGUUAGAUGAGUUGCUGAAGAAUAAACCGGAAGAGUUACGUUGUGCUGUUGUUGUUGAUGCUGCUAAUGCAUGUCGUGUCUACAGGGAUUGUGUGAGUAAUGUAACGUUCACUCCGAGUGGUCGUGUGGUUGAAUUUGAUGUCACCCAUCCUUCAAGCAUUCAUCCUUCGGAAAUUGCUCAACGGCUUCAGCAUUACCCAUUCAGGGAAACGCAGCGGCUGCUGUUGAAAUUAAAUGAACCUAAGGAUGGCCUAGAUCUAUUGAAGGAGCAAAUCGACGAAGGCCGUCAACAACUGAAUACUCUAGAACAAGAACUCUGUGAACUUGGCGCAAAACUGCAUGAUGUUUCGUCUGAGAGGGAUGAUCUUCUCCGAUUACAAGAGGAGAAAACAAAUGAACUAGCUGCACAACAGGCGCGGCUAACUGCUGUAGAGAACCAAUUAAAUACUCUGGCUAGGGAAAAUGAGGAACUCUGUAAAAAUAAUGAAAUUAUAUCUGUAGAUGCAAAAAAGCAGAGCGAAUACAUACAGGAUGUACAUCGGCAGAUGAGAACUUUAUCUGAAUCUCACAGCAAUCUCCAGCAAAUUUGUAACAGUAAAACAAAUCAAAUAGAGGAGCUAAAUUCACAACUACGACAACUACAGCAAGAUGCCAACGAACUACAAAAAGAAAACGAACAGCUACGCGAACACGAAGUGGAAAAGUCACUCGAUCUAUGCGUCCAAUCAGGAAGAGUCCAAGAACUAGUUGAACAACUCCGAGAAGUGCGCACCGAAAAUACAGGAAUACGAGAGGAGCAGCACGCUAAAUUAAGAGAACUAGAAGUAAGAAAUCAGCAACUUCUCUACCUACAAAAAGAACUUGAACAGAAGAUAAAUGGACUACGCACUGAGAAUGAGGAGCUUCGCAAUACUGAAGGGGACAAGGCACGUGAACUUGAUGUGCAGAAUGAGAAACUUCAUGAGAUGGAGGAGCAACUUGCUGAACUACGCGCUGAGAAUGAGGAGCUUCGCAAUACUGAUGGUGACAAGGCACGUGAACUUGAUGUGCAGAAUGAGAAACUUCAUGAGAUGGAGGAGCAACUUGCUGAACUACGCGCUGAAAAUGAGGAGCUUCGCAAUACUGAUGGUGACAAGGCACGUGAACUUGAUGUGCAGAACGAGAAACUUCAUGAGAUGGAGGAGCAACUUGCUGAACUACGCGCUGAGAAUGAGGAGCUUCGCAAUACUGAUGGUGACAAGGCACGUGAACUUGAUGUGCAGAAUGAGAAACUUCAUGAGAUGGAAGAGCAACUUGCUGAACUACGCGCUGAGAAUGAGGAGCUUCGCAAUACUGAUGGUGACAAGGCACGUGAACUUGAUGUACAGAAUGAGAAACUUCAUGAGAUGGAGGAGCAACUUGCUGAACUACGCGCUGAGAAUGAGGAGCUUCGCAAUACUGAUGGUGACAAGGCACGUGAACUUGAUGUGCAGAAUGAGAAACUUCAUGAGAUGGAGGAGCAACUUGCUGAACUACGCGCUGAGAAUGAGGAGCUUCGCAAUACUGAUGGUGACAAGGCACGUGAACUUGAUGUGCAGAAUGAGAAACUUCAUGAGAUGGAGGAGCAACUUGCUGAACUACGCGCUGAAAAUGAGGAGCUUCGCAAUACUGAUGGUGACAAGGCACGUGAACUUGAUGUGCAGAAUGAGAAACUUCAUGAGAUGGAGGAGCAACUUGCUGAACUACGCGCUGAGAAUGAGGAGCUUCGCAAUACUGAUGGUGACAAGGCACGUGAACUUGAUGUACAGAAUGAGAAACUUCAUGAGAUGGAGGAGCAACUUGCUGAACUACGCGCUGAGAAUGAGGAGCUUCGCAAUACUGAAGGUGACAAGGCACGUGAACUUGAUGUACAGAAUGAGAAACUUCAUGAGAUGGAAGAGCAACUUGCUGAACUACGCGCUGAAAAUGAGGAGCUUCGCAAUACUGAUGGUGACAAGGCACGUGAACUUGAUGUGCAGAAUGAGAAACUUCAUGAGAUGGAGGAGCAACUUGCUGAACUACGCGCUGAAAAUGAGGAGCUUCGCAAUACUGAUGGUGACAAGGCACGUGAACUUGAUGUGCAGAAUGAGAAACUUCAUGAGAUGGAGGAGCAACUUGCUGAACUACGCGCUGAAAAUGAGGAGCUUCGCAAUACUGAAGGGGACAAGGCACGUGAACUUGAUGUGCAGAAUGAGAAACUUCAUGAGAUGGAGGAGCAACUUGCUGAACUACGCGCUGAAAAUGAGGAGCUUCGCAAUACUGAUGGUGACAAGGCACGUGAACUUGAUGUGCAGAAUGAGAAACUUCAUGAGAUGGAGGAGCAACUUGCUGAACUACGCGCUGAAAAUGAGGAGCUUCGCAAUACUGAUGGUGACAAGGCACGUGAACUUGAUGUGCAGAAUGAGAAACUUCAUGAGAUGGAGGAGCAACUUGCUGAACUACGCGCUGAAAAUGAGGAGCUUCGCAAUACUGAUGGUGACAAGGCACGUGAACUUGAUGUGCAGAAUGAGAAACUUCAUGAGAUGGAGGAGCAACUUGCCGAACUACGCGCUGAAAAUGAGGAGCUUCGCAAUACUGAUGGUGACAAGGCACGUGAACUUGAUGUGCAGAAUGAGAAACUUCAUGAGAUGGAGGAGCAACUUGCUGAACUACGCGCUGAAAAUGAGGAGCUUCGCAAUACUGAUGGUGACAAGGCACGUGAACUUGAUGUGCAGAAUGAGAAACUUCAUGAGAUGGAGGAGCAACUUGCUGAACUACGCGCUGAAAAUGAGGAGCUUCGCAAUACUGAUGGUGACAAGGCACGUGAACUUGAUGUGCAGAAUGAGAAACUUCAUGAGAUGGAGGAGCAACUUGCCGAACUACGCGCUGAAAAUGAGGAGCUUCGCAAUACUGAUGGUGACAAGGCACGUGAACUUGAUGUGCAGAAUGAGAAACUUCAUGAGAUGGAGGAGCAACUUGCUGAACUACGCGCUGAAAAUGAGGAGCUUCGCAAUACUGAUGGUGACAAGGCACGUGAACUUGAUGUGCAGAAUGAGAAACUUCAUGAGAUGGAAGAGCAACUUGCUGAACUACGCGCUGAGAAUGAGGAGCUUCGCAAUACUGAAGGGGACAAGGCACGUGAACUUGAUGUGCAGAAUGAGAAACUUCAUGAGAUGGAGGAGCAACUUGCUGAACUACGCACUGAGAAUGAGGAACUGAGACGAAGUAACGAACUUUUUUCUUUACGUAAUGAUGAUCGUGAUGUUUCUCGGGAUGCGAAGGACGGUGCUAUGAAAAUUGAUUCUGAUGGUGAAUAUCUUUUGAAGGAGAAGAGUGCUGAUGUGGAUGUUUCUGGUGACGGUGAUGGUAUUGGUGUUAUCAAAAAUGAGUUGAUUCUUGUGAAGCGGGAAAAUAUCGAUCUCCGUAGUGUUGAUGAUGAAAAUUCUAAAGAAAUCGAAUGUCUUUUAUCUGAUGUGAAGGAAUUGCGUCUGAAGCUCUCUGAGAUAUCUUCGGAAAACGACGAGUUGCGGAAGGAACUUGAUAUUAAAUCUCAUGAACUUGUUGUUCAGGGCGAACUACUUCAGGAACUUGGUGACCGUCUGAAAGAAUUUCUGACACAGAAUGAACAAUUGCGGGGCACUGAUGAACUGAGGGUAGAUGAGUUGGACAAGCAACAAAGACGACUUCGUGAUAUGGAGGAGCAGGUGAUGGAACUGCAGGCUGUGAAUGAGCGCAAGACCAAUGAAUUGGUAUCUCAGAGCGAUGGGCUUCGUAAAGCUGUAGAUGCUUUGAAAAAACUGAGGAGUGGUGUCGAUGUGGUGGACGCUUCUUCGCACAAUGAUCGCCCUUCUGUGUUGAUGUCGAACGCUCUGGACGACUUAGAGGAAGCGUUGAAUGAGCCUUCGCGUGGCGGCGAGGAGGAGCGCAAACAUGAUUCUCGGUGGAUGGCUUCGAUGGAGGGAGAUUGCAUGGUAAGUUCUCAGUGUGUUCAACUUCAAGGUGAGAGGUUAGAUGAGUUGCUGAAGAAUAAACCGGAAGAGUUACGUUGUGCUGUUGUUGUUGAUGCUGCUAAUGCAUGUCGUGUCUACAGGGAUUGUGUGAGUAAUGUAACGUUCACUCCGAGUGGUCGUGUGGUUGAAUUUGAUGUCACCCAUCCUUCAAGCAUUCAUCCUUCGGAAAUUGCUCAACGGCUUCAGCAUUACCCAUUCAGGGAAACGCAGCGGCUGCUUUUGGGCAGUAGUAUUGGGACUAACGAUGCUGGUGGCGGCAAUUUGACGAUGUCUUCAUUCUUGCGGCGUGCCUGCGGUGUCAUGGUUGAUGAGCAGGGUGUUUUCGUUGAUGAGGUCUUGUCUCGUUUGGUUAUUGAACGCUCUUCUUUGUCUUCGCUGCAGUGCUUAUUGGUCGUUGGGUUCCUCAACCGUGACCGUAUUCGCGCGAAACGUGAAGGUGACUUACUUGACGAACUUGAGGAGCGGGCCACAGAACACACCGAAAUGCUGGAGAAUAUGGAGGAGAUGGUCGUACUAUUGGAUGAGGCUCGUCAGGCUGAGUGCACGGUGCGCAGUGAGCUUUUUGCCCGUGAGGAAGAGUUACUUGAACUUCGUUGCACCCAAGAUAGGGACAAAAAGUUCCGUGACGAGAUGCUUCUCUCACUGUUCAACAUGCUUGAAAAGGCACGAAGUUCGCACGUGGAGGUGGCCCGUGGAAAGGUUGAAGAGUUAAUGAGUGGCGUUUAUCUCGUAGGUGAACUUGAACAGGAGGUUAAGAAACUUAGCGAAGAGAACGCUGCCCUGAGGGAAGAGUUAGAACAGCGGGAGAUCACUCACAAAGAGGAUCUUGAUGCACUUAACAGAAAAAUUGCUGCACUGUUGCUUGAGUUGGACGAGAAGGGGUUUGAAUACACUGACACCAUUGGUAAACUCGAUGAGUUUGUUAAUGUCCUUGAAGGAGCCCGAGCAGCGGAGAAGGCGGCGUUGAUGGCCCUGGAGGCCCGUGAACAGGAACUCUUUGACCUGCAAGACGCUAAGGACGACGAGAUGCGUGAGGUGGAGGCAGUCAUGCAACAACUGGAGGCCAGAAUCGAGGAACUACAGGGUGGUAUGCCCGUUCCCCUCCCCUGGACAUCGUCAGAGCAUCUCGGAGAGACUGGCAAUUCCACCACCUCAGCGGUGACUGUACCGUCUGCAAGCAAUCUGGCCGUGGGUGGGACAGAUAUCAUUAGCUCGAUGCGCCAUCAGCUUGAGCGUUUGAAGCGUGAAAAAGAGGCACUUAUGGUCGAAUUACAGUCUAAAGGGAGACAACACGACGAUGUGGUGGAUGAGCUAAAUCGCAACAUAGGUGGACUGAUGACGGAUCUGGACUCGCGCAUUCGUGGUUGUCAGGUUUCUGCCACGAGUGCAAAGGAGCUUUUGCGUGAGAUAUCGCUUUUGCGCUCUGUUGAGGAAGGUGAAGACGAUGAGGACGAGGGCGACGCAACCGGUUGCCCAACAACGCAUUUGGGAGGGCCAUGGGCGCACCAUUGA